CAUCCUGUCUCUUUGUCAUUCUCGAAUUGAGCGGUCGCGUGAGAAGUGGAAAAGGCCGCUACCGCAAACGGAAUUAUUAAUUCCAGGUGAAAAUGGGAGCAUCGUCCGAGUCCGUGCGCCUCUAUUUCAGGUUGCAGCAGAAGAUGAAGAAAUGCGACGACGAGACGGUGGUUUAUCGCAUGCAGAAGAAGCUGGAGCGGCUGCGCGAAGGGUUUCCGGUGUGGAUCGAGCACCCUGGGUGGAACCUGGCGACGGCGGACAUGUCGGUGGUGCUGUGCAUCGGCGGCGACAGCCGGAUGAACGCCGGCGUGGCCAAGGACGUGUGCGACGCCUUCCCGGCCAACCGCAGGUUCCUGUCCGGCGAGAGCAGGCGCGGCCGCGGGCUCAGGGUGGGCCAGGUGGUGCCCGUGACCAAGCAACUGUCCACCAGGACGGGACUGAAGGGCGCCCAGUACAUCUUCAACCUGGUGACCAAGAGGAGGCACCACGACCGCGCCACUUACAGGGGCCUCGAGCUGGCCCUGCGGAACCUGCUGCGCCAGGUCAGGGAGCGGAGGAUCACCAAGCUGGCCCUGCCGAUGCUCGGCUGCGGCCGCGACCGCCUCUCCUGGCACAGGGUGCGCAACCUGAUCGAGAAAGUCUUCUGUCAGUACCCCAUCAGGCUGCAUCUCUGCCUCCUCGAUGAUUGAUUUUGAUUUAUACUG